AUGAUUGAUGAGAAAUACCGUUUUACUGGCAGAAAGGUCAGCGUGCCAGGAGAUCUUUCGAUUUCGAUGCGUGGAGUGGAACGAAACAAGCAUUUCAAGGUGCAGUCCGUUGGAGGUCAAUUGCACAUAGGCUCACGUGCUUUCCCAACGAUGAUGUCACUCAUUCAACACUACACAGAUAAUCCGAUUUUUUCAUCAGGUUCAGAAAAGAUCUAUUUGACACGACCACUCGCCAAGUGA